AUGUUUGACGUUUACUUUCAGAUGCUGCAAGAAGAUAAGAACGUAGGAUGGAAUGGUAAUAAUUCACACAUUCCCCUGAAUCUAGAAAACUGGAAUACACAUAUGUCAUGGAUCUAUCUUCCGUCAUUGGUUCUGGUGACCCUGUGCUCUGUGAUGGGUCUUAUCGCGAACUCGGCAGUCAUACUCGUUUUUAUAGCACGACUUCGUCACUCCCGCGAUGACCGAUACUUCAUACCUUACCUAUCAAUCGUUGACUUUAUCGGCCUCGUCCUUAAUAUGGUUGCAAUAUGGUCACAAUAUUACAGUAGUAUAAUGGAUGGGGAUGGUUUGGCUCUGUUGUGUAAAAUGUUUUGGUACCUCUGCUCUGUUAUUGGAUGUUUGUCUGCAUUUAUGUUGAUUGGUAUUGCCGUUCAGAGGUAUUUGAAAAUCUGCAGACCUUGCGGAAAGCAAAUGACAUUGAAAUAUAGGCGACUAUUAUUAAUUGCUGCUCUCCUCAUAUCGACAACCAUUACAAUACCAAUUCUACCAAUUUACGAUGUUGUUCCAAUAUAUAGUUCUAGAUUCAAUGCUACUGGUUACGUUUGCAAACAAGAUCAAACCCAUUGGCACAACAGUGAGCCCAUCAUCUACAACAUAUUACUUUUCUCUCUCGUCUUUGUUAAUAUUUCAUGCUUAGUGAUUCUGUACAGCCUAAUUGGAAGAACAAUUUUUCAGCAAACGAACCUGAAAAAGAAACGACGAACAAGUGCCAAAAGAAGAAUCGGACUGCUCAAACAAGAAACUAACAUCGACUUAGAAUUCCCGACCAUGACAAACCAAGGAGAGGAAACAUCAGAACGAUUCCAAACUGAUGACCAGCUUGAACAUUGCGACUCCAAAUAUUCACACAUUAUUCAAACGGACAAAACGGCGAGCACAAAGUCUUUAGGGCGGUAUUACCGGAAGCUGAAUAGAAGAACGGACCAGUUUACGUGCAUGUUCAUGACAAUAACUGUUGUUGCUAUGGUGAGUUACAUUCCUAAAGCUACUUUGCUGAUUGUUGAGUCCUUGGAUGCCACUUUCUGGGAUGGUCUCUCCGAUAAUUUUCGGCGAUUUGUUGAGGUGAUCUACAGACUCCAUGUUCUCCACCACACCAGUAACGCUUUUAUAUACUGUUCUUUCGACGCACGGUUUCGGUCUGAGAUCAAGAAUACCCUAAAUCUGAUACAUUUAAUGAGAAACUGA